AUGGAUCGCAUAGAAUGUUAUGAGAAUUCUGUAUCAGUGGAUGUUACAGACAGUGAUUUUGCAUCAACUGAGAUGAACUACAGGAUUUUUCAUCAUGAUGAAAUGGAAGACGAAGCGUGGAGUCUAGUGCAGAAAAAGGGGAACCAAUUUAUAGUCAAUGGGCAGCCUUUCUACUUUAAUGGAUUCAACACUUAUUGGUUAAUGGUGUUUGCUGCGGAUCAAUCGACAAGAGGAAAGGUUACUGAGGUGUUUCAACAGGCAUCUGCAGUGGGACUUUCGGUAUGCCGCACUUGGGCUUUCAAUGAUGGCCAGUGGCGAGCUCUUCAGAAAACCCCUUCUGUUUAUGAUGAAGAAGUUUUCAAGGCCUUGGAUUUUGUUAUAAGUGAAGCAAAGAAGUACAAGAUAAGGCUCAUAUUAUCCUUGGUUAAUAACUGGGAAGCAUAUGGUGGCAAAUCUCAAUAUGUCAAAUGGGGUAAAUCUGCUGGCCUCAAUUUGACUUCUGAUGAUGAUUUUUUCUCACAUCCAACUCUCAGAAGCUACUACAAAGCCCAUGUUAAGACGGUGCUAAACAGAGUCAAUACUGUCACACACAUAUCCUACAAGGAAGAUCCUACUAUUUUUGCUUGGGAACUGAUGAAUGAGCCACGGUGUGAAUCAGAUCCCUCCGGAAAUAAGUUGCAGCAAUGGAUAGAAGAAAUGGCAUUAUAUGUGAAAAGUGUUGACCCAAAACAUUUGGUGGAGAUUGGAUUGGAGGGUUUCUAUGGUCCUUCUACACCUAACAGGUUCCAGUUUAACCCAAAUACCUAUGCUCAACAAGUUGGAACUGACUUUAUCAGGAAUCAUAAAGUUCUUGGGGUUGAUUUUGCUUCUGUUCACAUCUAUCCAGACUCUUGGAUUUCGCAAACAAUUUCGGAUGUUCAUAUAGAAUUCACCAAGUCGUGGAUACAAUCUCAUAUCGAUGAUGCUGAGAAUUUCCUCGGAAUGCCUGUUGUGUUUGGCGAGUUUGGUGUUUCUGCGAAAGAUCCUGGCUAUAAUUCAACAUACCGGGAUACCCUCUUGAACAAUGUGUACAAGAUCCUUUUGGACUCGACUAGGAAAGGAGGCAGUGGAGGUGGUUGCCUUCUGUGGCAGUUGUUUCCUGAAGGGACAGAUUACAUGGAUGAUGGGUAUGCAGUUAUUCUCUCAAAGUCUCCUGCAACAUCAGAUAUCAUUUCUCUUCAAUCAACUAGGUUAGCUACCUUCAAUUCCUUGUGCUCUUGGAAAUGCCACUGGGGUUGCAAGAAAAAGCAUGCUUUGGAGACUUCCCUCUAUCACGAUGAGCUCUAA